GGCGGCGGCGCUGCCGGAGGCGGCGGCCGCGGGAGUGGGUGGUGGCGGCGGCGGCGGGGAGAGCGCGGGCGAUUGCCCUCACGCCCCCGUGACCUGCACCUCAAGGACUUCGAGGAGGAGAGAGGGUACGAAGCUGACGUUCCCCAGAGGCAGGCUCAAAGCUGCUGCACACAGCGAGAUGACAGCCAUCCUGGAGCGGAUCAGCACACUGUCCCUCAGUGGGCAGCAUCUCAGCCGUCUCCCCAGGCUGCUGGAGGAUGGCUUCCCCAAGAUGCCUUGCACAGUCAAAGAGUGUGAGGUGCCGCAGCUCUUCCGUGAGCCGUACAUCCACACUGGGUACCGUCCCACUGGCCAGGACUGGCGGUACUACUUUCUUAGCCUCUUCCAGAAGCACAAUGAGGUGGUCAAUGUAUGGACUCACCUCCUGGCAGCGCUGGCUGUGCUGCUGAGAUUUAAGACAUUCGUGGAGGCUGAGCAGUUACCCAUGGACGCAUGGUCCUUGCCUUUGCUCAUCUUUGUUCUCUCCUCUGUCACCUACCUGACCUGCAGCCUCUUGGCCCACUUGCUGCAGUCCAAAUCGGAGCUAUACCACUACACCUUCUACUUCGUGGACUAUGUUGGAGUCAGCAUCUACCAGUAUGGUAGUGCCCUGGCUCAUUUCUACUACAGCUCUGACCAAGCCUGGUAUGACAAGUUCUGGCUUUUCUUCCUGCCGGCAGCUGCUUUCUGUGGCUGGCUGUCUUGUGCCGGCUGCUGCUACGCGAAAUACCGGUACCGACGGCCUUACCCCAUCAUGAGGAAGAUGUGCCAGGUGAUCCCAGCCGGGCUGGCGUUCAUCUUGGAUAUUAGUCCUGUUGCUCACCGGGUGAUUGUGUGUCAUCUGGGGGGCUGUGAGGAAGAUGCUGCUUGGUACCACACAUACCAGAUACUGUUUUUUCUUAUCAGUGCUUAUUUCUUCUCCUGCCCAGUCCCUGAGAAGUACUUCCCUGGAUCCUGUGAUAUCGUUGGCCAUGCCCACCAGAUCUUCCACACCUUCCUGGCCAUCUGCACCCUAUCACAGCUGGAGGCCAUUCUUUUGGAUUACAAGAGCAGGCAGGAGAUUUUCCUGAAGAGACAUGGGCCUUUCUCUGUUUAUCUCUCCUGCAUCUCUUUUUUUGGCCUGGUGGCUUGUAGUGCUGUCACAGCUUACAUCCUGCGAUGCAGGAUCAAGGCCUGCCUGGCUAAAAAGGACUCCUGAGCGUCACAAACAUGAUGGGCAUGACAUCACCGGGGUGGUGAAAAUCAAGGAAAGGGGCAUAACAUAUUAGAGACAUAACUGUCUUAUUUGCCUAACAUGCUGUGACUAACAGGACCCUGGACUCAGGUGGAGGGCUGGAGAUUUCACGCUGGCUGCAUUUUCAUAGCAGGGACUGCCUUUUGCCAUCCAGGGGGAUGUGGAGCAUUUUAAGCCAGAACAAGUCGCUUAACCAAGGAUGCUGGAAUAGGCAGAGGUUUCUUGUUCAUUCCAGUAAACCUGUGGGUGAUACCUUGCUGAAUGUCAUGGAGGGCAGCGUGAAGGCUGUGAGACUGUAGAAGGGUCUGCCAGGGCUCACAACGCAGUGGAGAAUGCACCACGAAGACCACAGCUGGAUGUGAUAACCUCUCUGGGUUUUGCCAUCUCUGCUAUCUGUGGGAGACCUGUUACUAUCAAAGGCAGUAGCAAGGUUUCAGGAGGAGUCUACAUUUCUAGGGUUCAACUGCAAGGGUAUGUGUGGCACUGUGGCUGGUAUAGUCCUUUUCCUGCUCCAGCUGGGCUAAGCCAGGUUCUCUUUAUGGCCCCUUUGUCAAGUGCCUCAGUGCCAGGUUGCUGAGGUGGCUUUGGCAAAGCAUGUUUGGAGAUGUAGGCCUGACCUGGGGUCCUCUAGCAUGCACUGGGUCUGAACCUGAGCCCUGGGUCUGCCAGUGACUGUUGUAGGUCCAGCACAGGUAGAGAUGUUAGGUCAGCUCCAUCUUUUCUUUCUGCAUGACUGCACCAUCUGCAGUGGAGCUGCUCAUGAAAACUAAGGAGUCAGGCUCUCCCAAGGAUUAAUAAAAGGAGAUGGGGUCUUCCUCAGCAGUCUGAAUUUAACUUGAGGUAGUGGCAGUGCUGAUGGCUAUUUGGUAACCUACAAGACAUGUCAUCAGAGGCUCCUCAUUUCCAUUUUAAGUGUUUAGUUGCCUUUGAGGAGCUGGGCCUGGGUUAGGUCGGAGGCGGUUUUGAGCCUUCCUCAGUAGCAGUCAGUGGCAGAGGCUGAGCACCCCUGAGGCUGUCAGCAUUCAGGACACUGGCCCCAGGAGGGAAGAUACUUUUGAUGCUUGGUGCAUAAUUUUGGCUGCUUGUGUGACAGGUUCAUGCAUUCCUGCAUAGACUGGCUGUAUCAUCUGUCUAGGGAGUCUGACUGACCUCCAACAAUGUCCAUGGAGUGUAGAGUAACUUGGGUGUGACCUGUCUGAUAUGGGAAAGUCUCUGGGCCCUGGACUUCCAACAGCCUUACUAUGGUCAUGGCCAAAAGGGUAUGAAAGUGAAGUAGUCCUUAUUCCCCUCAUAAUGGGGCUUUCAGGACACCAAGCAGUCCUCAGUGGGCCUUAUGGGAAAGCUGACCUUGAAGCUUCAGGAUUGCUUUUCUCUGUCCGAUGGAGUUGUGAAUCUGGCAUGUUUUUGUCAGCACUAGACGAAGGUAGAAUAGCAAAAGGGAGGAGGAAGGUUACAGCAUUAGUGUCGUAUGCAACCUUGGGAUAGGUUUGUCCCUGAGACUUGGUGAUUCCUGUGUGGAGCAGCAAAGAUAGUGGUCAAGGAUACUUAAUGUCCAUGGGUCACUCCUGUCAAAGGUGUAGCAAGGGUUGCUUUACUGUUUCUUCCACUAGGUGAGUCUCUUCUGUGCUUGCUUGUGGCAAAUACCAGAUAUGGAGCCACACUGUUGCACUGAAGCUGGUAGCAUUUGCAGGACAGGAUGCUCAGAGCCAAUGCAGAGAUGUGGUCCCCCACAGCCUAGACACCUACUGUUUGACACACUGCUUGCUUUCUAUAGUAAACCCUGGCACAGCUCUUCCCAGCUAUACCCUGUGCAAGACCUGCAGCCUCAAAAAACAUCUGGCAAAUUCCUAGGAGCUAUAAAUCUUUGCUGAAAGCAAGGAACCCAUGGGAUCUAUUCCAGCCACAGAUUUGUCUCACUGAAUCCAAGGGCAGGCAGAUGAAUUGUGAUUGCUGGUUCUGAGCAGGCGGACCGUAGGGUUGGAGAUAUGAUUUGUCAUGACAAGCACUGAUUUCUGCACUUGAUCUGUUUUUUAACCAUUGAGGGAUGUGUGUGUUUGUGUAUGUGCGUGUGCACAUGAUUUAUUACACAGAGAGGCUUUGCCUUUGGCUUUUAUAUCUUCAGAGCCUCCUAGUUGGGUCAAGAUUAGCCUGAAGGAAACAGUGCUAUGCUGCUGGAGGAGCAAAGUGGGCCAGACAACAGUGUCUCUGAAAACAGAUCUAUUAAUAGGUGCUUUGCUGUGUCCUGUGUUUUGCAGACAGAUUUGAAAUUCAUGUCCCUACUGACAAAUUAAAUAUGAAGGGAGAGGGAAGCAAGUUUGGAGUACAGGAGAAGAAAUCAUAGGAAAGCCUUCAGGAGGUCAUCUAGUCCACCCUUUCUCAUCACUCUAGGCCUCCUGUUUUACAUCCAGUCCAGCUGAGAAAUUUCUUACUUCAUUUCCUACAGUGCAUUUUGACAUUACAGUGCUGAUCUAACAGCAGAUUUGCCUCAGGGGUGUGGCAAGUGGAGAUGGUCCCACUUAAACCUCAUCAUACCCCUUCCCAUGCACAGAAGCUCAUCUCACCUCAGAGCAAGCUGGUGCCAGGAGACAGACCAGCAGAAAACAAAUCCUACUGAAAAAACCGUCAGUAAUUUUCUGCUGGUUUUAACUUUCAGCCAGCUCAUUUGGACAACACUGCUGCCUGCAGGGAAGGGCUGGAGUGGAGGCCAGCAGCAGUUCCUCCUUGCACAGCAGCUGGUUGCUCAGCUAGCUUAGCUGCCCUGAUGGUCUUGCUCCCUCCAUGGUCUCUGUGGGUCUUCUCCCAGUUUGGGGAAAGACUUCCAGCGGGAGCAGUGCUUUUUCUCACAGCCCGGUUUGCCUUGCUUUUGCGGCGGUAAAGCAGAAUAAGCCACUGAGUGUGGGUCUGGCUGGACAGUACCAGUGGGCUCCUGUGCAAGAAGGCAAGUAAACCAGGCUGGUCCAGAGCUCCUUUCGGGGCUGAAACUGAGAGGGAGUGGGCAUCGCUGCUAAUAGCAAACCCUGCUCUGCUGCUACCUAGAGUUACACUGGAACCAAAGGAAGGGGUCAUCCAGGCAUUUCCUUCUCUAAGGGUUUGAAAAUAGAUGACGUGUCCUGCCCUUGUCAAAGGAGGAUGAGUACAGUAAUGCUGUCUAGUUCAGAGGCAGGGAGAGCAGGUGCCUGCAUGGCUUUUCUGAGGUAUUUCUCUUUCUUCUUUCUGUGUCUUCUCUUCCCUGGUCCAGCAGAAGUGACAGUGUGUCAGUGGUGGUGUUUUUACAUAUUCUCAUGUUACCCCUCAGGUGAAGCCACUCAUGUCCCCGUGCAGCCCUGCACUCAGACCUGGAGCUGACCUCCUGGUUAUUAUGAUGGGUUGAUUUAGCAGGGAACUGCAAUAUGGAUCGCUGCUGCUGUGAGGAUGCACCCUUGUGUCACAAGGGGCUCACCAACACUGGAGAUUUCUUCAUCCUUGUCUCCAUCCUCCUCCUCUUCCUCCAACCAGCUUAGUUCUUUCCCUCAUCCCCGGAAUUCAUCCUUGUGCCUUAUGCACCUGGCUGCCUACCUGGGCAGACUCCAUAUACUGUGCAGUCUCCUGCACCUCAGCUGGGCCGGGACUGGAAAGUGGCUGCCAGUUCCCUCCUGAAAGCCUUGCUGUUGAUUUGGGGGAGACCAGGGCUGGGUCAGAGAGAGAAAAAAGGCUGCUGUGAUAAACUCUCAGCUUGUCCAAGAGCCUCUCGAGGCCUUUUCCUUGGGCUUACUGCUUGGAGCACACCUCCUUCCAUCCUGGUGUUCCUCUAAGGAGGCAAGGCUGGGAGAGGUGUACCAGAGGCAGGGUUUGGUGAACAGCUGACCACCAAAGGUUAAGCACAUCUGAGAUCCUGAAGGGACCAAGGUCCUAAACCUCUCCCCCAGGAAUCUCUGGUCCUGAGACAGUAUUUUUGCAGAUCUUGCAACCUGGAUCUGUAGAGGACAACUCCUGAGAAUUCAUCCCGAUGUGCCUUAUGCUAUUCCUUUUCAGGAUUCAUCCUGAAGGAACCUGAGGCUCACAGGCAGCCUCUGCUGUCUGCCGGUCCAUGGGUGCUCUUAACUGCUGAUAGCCACUGACAGAAUUUGCUUGGUGUACAGAGCAGAAGGGGAGGAUGGAGAGAGGUGCCUUAAACUUGUAUUUAUGCCUAAUGAUUUGUGUAACAAGGCAAGGACAGGUUCCUCAUGUGCCUUGUAAUUUACGUCUUUUACUGACAAGAUUAUUUUUAAGCACUGUUUGUUACUAAACAGAAAUACAAAAGAACUUGUAUUUUUCUCCCUGGGAACAGGGAAGGGUAUGAGUUUUAGAAAUUAACCACCCCCUUCCCAACUUCCCUCUGCUGACUUUGUGUUGUUGAAAACAUUGAUAAUAUUUUAAGCUUUGUACUGUACUGAUCAUUAUUUAAAAAUUUUAGUGAAAAAAAAAAGAAAUCUGUAAAAGCAUAACGAGUGGUGUGGUGUGAAAUUCCCAAAUGCACAACUACAGAAGGUUAUGAAUCAUUAGGAAGAAAAGUGGAUAAUAAUUACAGAGUGGAUAUAUUAGACUGGGUAAUAAUUAUAACAGUAAUGAACAAUAGGGUGUGGUUUUAGCUGUGCAUCUCAAAGCACUUUCCAGGUUUCAUGGUAACUCUGUGAUUGCAUUCCCUUUUCACAAGGAAGGUGCAGAAUGGCUGCUCUGACACUGCUUAGAGGGAUUUAAGUUCAUUAUCCACAAAAGUCCGUGGGUGUCCAGUUUUCCUUAAUUUCUAUCAGAGGUGAGCAUCUACUCAUUUGGUGGCCUGGCACCAAAGCAGUGCAGCUUUAGUGGCCAAGCAAUGAAUACAAGUGCCUGUUCAAGCACAACAUUUCAGUGCCUGCUUAAAAUUAAACCGAAGGGACACAACCAUUGAUGGACAGAAGGAUAUCAGUGAGUCAGAUGAGCUUACAUGAAAUAAACCUAGAACUUCUGUUCUUCUUGCUGAUAGCUGUGCAGAAUCACAGAAUAGCUGAGGUUAGAAGGGAGGCUAUCUGGCUCUGCUCAAGCAGGGCCACUUAGAGCCAGUUACCCAGGACCAUGUCCAGACAGCUGUUGAAGAUGUCAAAGGGUGGAUACUCUACAACUUCUCUGGGCAACCUGUGCCAGUCACAGUAAAAAAGUGUCUCCUGAUAUUCAGAGGGAACUCCUGUGUUUCAGUGUGUGCCCACAGCCUCUGGUCCUGGCAUCAGGCACCACUGAAAAGAGCCUGGCUGUGUCCUCUUUUCACCCUCCCCAUGUUCUGUGUAACCAGCUCCCAAAUCUUGCCAAGCAAUGGGCCCACAUUUUUCCUAGUCAUCCUUUUGUUACCUAUGUACCUAUAGAAGCUCUUCUUGUUGUCUUUGACAUCCCUAGCCAGAUUAAAUUCCAGGUGGGCUUUGCUUUCCUAACCUUGGAAAUGGAUGUUCAGAUAAUGUCUCUGUAUUCCUCUGUAUCCAUGUACUUGCUUUCACUCUCUGUAUGCUGCUUCUGUGUUUGAACUUUGCCAGGAGCUCGUUGUUUAUCCACGCAGGCCUGCUGGCAUUUUUGCCCAGCUUCCUGCUCACUGGGAUGGACUGCUCUUGAGCUUGAAGGAAGUGAUCCUUGAACGUCAGGCAGAUUUCUUGGGCCCCGCUCCUCCCCAGGCCUUAUCUCAUGGGACUUUACCAUGCAGGUGGAAGUCUUUGAAGAGGCAAAGUCUGCUCUCCUGAAGUCCACGGUUAUAAGGUUGCUUUUUACCCUCCUCUCUCCCCUCAGGAUCUCAUGGUCACUGCAGCCAAAGCUGUCUUUGACCUUCACAUCCCCAAUAAGCCCAUGUUAGUGAACAUGAUGCCCAGCAAAGCACCUCUCCUUGAUGCCUCCUCUGUCACUUGGAGGAGGAAGUUACCAGCACUGCACUCCAGGAACCUCCUGGAUUGCUUUAUGCCCUGCUAUGUUGUCCCUCCUAUCUGCCUGUAGAAGACCUUAUGCACUUGUUAUUUCUGGUUAGGCAGCCUAUAGCAGCCACUUGCUACAUUGUCACCCACAUUGGUCUUCUCUUUAAUCCUUACCCAUAAGCUCUCAUUUGGCUCAUCACCCAGGCAGAGCUCCAUGCACUCCAGCUGUUUUCUUACACGAAGGGCAGCUUCCCCUCCUCAUCUCCACCUGUGCUUCCUGAAGAGCCUGUAUCCCUCCAUUGCAACACUUGAGUCGUGGGAGCCAUCCCACAUCAUCUUCGUGAUCCCAGCAAGAUCGUAGCCCUGCAGCUGCACACAGAUCUCUAACUCCUCAUGCGUGGUCCCCACACUGUCUGCAUUACUGUACACGCAUUUCAGAGAGACAUGAAUCUCAUCAGCAUACUGAUUUCCCAGACUGGGUUUUGGGGAUUUCUCCAUACUGGUGCCUUCCAGGCACGUCCUUGCUUACAUGCAAGUGCUGAAGAUGACCCCGCUUAAGUCCUGUUCUGUUUGAUUUUGUGGUCCCUUUCUGUCACAUUACUCUGUGUGUCCUCUGCUUAUCAGCCCUGUCCAUCGCUCCAUGACAGGGCUACUGGUAACUCUUUCACAUGUCUUCACUAGUUUAAACCCUCUUUAUGGGGAGGAUUGCGUGUGAUCAUGUACAUACCCCUUCCCCCAGGAUGUACACUUGGUGUGAAUUUCAGUCCUCUGAAAAAUCUGCUCUUUUCCCGUCUAUUACCACUACACUAAUAAUUUUAAUUAUUACUUCUGACUGUAACAUGCAGACCAAGGCUUCUGUACUGUUGUGUUUCUACCCACCAGAGGGCGAGAUGUCUUCAUCUGUGGCCGAAGAGGCCUCCAGUGCCACGAAAGCAGAGCCUCAUAAAGACUUCCUUUUCCCUUUCAGGAGUAGACAGUAGGGGAUAUAGGAGGCUAAAGAGGCUUGUCUUAACCUUGGCAAGUCGGACUUGCAAAUACAGAAAUUGAUAUCAAAGAUGCAGCUGAAUCCAGAUCUUCUGAGUUCCGCUUUAAUUCCUCAUUCCCCAUUUCUCCUCUCUAGUGCUUUAUGGUCAUUAUUUCAAAGUACCAGCUUCUGCUAUGGCUUUGCUUAAUCUCCCUUAAAACACACAGGAGGAAUGUACUGGGACCACAGUCUUCCAAUCCUGUCCCUGCUCACAUUCAGAGCCUAAGGGCCUACUUCGUGACCCUGGACAAGUCCCCUGGCCUUAGUUCCCCACUCAUGCAAAGAGCAGGACAGCAGCACCCCUGUCCCAUUGCGAGCUGUGCACAGGGGUACUCUGCCACACAGCUGUUAAAAAAUUGCUGUCAUUCUCCUAGAGGAUGACCCAUAGCCCAUGGAGGCAAGUUUCCUUCUCUGAGAAAGGCCCUGGUCUUUGCUAAGUUCAGGAAACCUGCUAAACAGUGCUUGGAUAUCACAGCAUGAGAAAUCAAAGAGAGUGCUUCGGUGCCAGCACCUGCAUCUGAGUCAGCAGUCACAUUAGCAGCUUGCUGUCUUUCAGAUCCAGCUCUUUCAGCCCUACUUGGCCUUCAC